AUGGGCAAAACACAAACCAACACCAGUGACAACGACAACACCUACAAGUGUAACACCCCGCCAGCCCCUGGGAGGAAAGGAGAAGGGAAGGAGAAGGGGAAGGGGAAGGGGAAGGGGAAGGGGAAGGAGAAGGAGAAGGAGAAGGAGAAGGAGAAGGAGAAGGAGAAGGAGAAGGAGAAGGAGAAGGAGAAGGAGAAGGAGAAGGAGAAGGAGAAGGAGAAGGAGAAGGAGAAGGAGAAGGAGAAGGAGAAGGAGAAGGAGAAGGAGAAGGAGAAGGAGAAGGAGAAGGAGAAGGAGAAGGAGAAGGAGAAGGAGAAGGAGAAGGAGAAGAAAAAGGAAAAAGGAAAAAGGAAAAAGGAAAAAGGAAAAAGGAAAAGCUGA